AUGAGGAAUACAAAUAAAGAGCCCCGUGCACCCCCAAACCGAUAUGCACCAUGUGAUUGGUACUACCACAUACCUCUGAAGCGGUCAGAGGAGCCUGUUAACUCUGAAGUUCCACCUCAGCCAACAUCCCAGAUCCCUGGUCUUGGUGAUUUUGGAGACCCUCACGAUGAAAUCACUUUUGGAGGACGAAGGAAAUGGAUCAAAGACACUGACUCCGAAUAUGUGAAGCUGGCAAAGCAAGGAGGCCGACCAGAUCUACUGAGACAUUUUACACCUACCCCACGCAAAGUGCCCCUAGGGAACUACACGGCACCGGACUGGUACAUGCAUCAUAGCAAACCAACGGGCGACGACGCUAAGUCGCGGGGUUCAGCUAUGCCAGACUACAUGGUCCACGAGGAAUUUAAGUCCGAACAGCUUGCCAGCUACGAGCCUAAAAGGGGGCCUUUUGAUUUUGAUAUGAAAAGCGUUUGGCAAAGAGAUGCUGAAGACAAAGAAAACAAAGAGAAAAAAGAGGAAAAUGGAAUACAAGUUGAGGGAUCUCCUAGCAGCACAAAAGAAGAAAUAAAACUUCCUGCUAUAACCCCAAGGUAUCCACACAGAACCCCGCAACCUAUGGCAGCGAAAGAAUUCCAUGGAGGAAACAGGCUUUACUUCCCACCAAUGCCCGUUCACAAAAAAAACGAACCUGUAAACUUCAGUAAACUGAUGAGCAGUGGUUACGGGGACGAGUGGCUCCAGCAACGGGAGGAGUGGGACAAAAAGAAUUCCCAGCCGAAUGAUUCUCUUUCUCCAAGUGAGUACCAGAAGAAAAUAGAAAAGAGGCAGAAAGCUAGGAAACAUACACUGUCACACAAAAGAAUGCCUAGAUCCCAAUCUGGACCUGAAAUGGGUAGCCAGCAUAAGACGCCACUCUUCAAACUCCGAAUAUUCAGAGACACCCCAGGAAGAAUCGACACAAACAGACAAUGAGUAAAUGCCGAUAACUUCAUAGAAUUACUAAAAAAAAAAACCAAUCUAUUGCCAUUUCAGAACAUCACUGCAGGCAGCAAAGCAUAAUGCCGUUUAGGAAGCAGGUGUCUACAUUUAUAUGCUGAUGUGUGUUAGACGAUGCACAUAUGUUUAACAAUGUUGCAGCUGAAAUUAAUUCAGCCCAGUAAUCUGUCGCAGCAAGUGUUACGCGGUCUGGAUGCUUCCUCCCGCUGUUGUCCGCCUGUCUCUUAAGACGCUGUUUUGUUUUUGAAGCCCGUCACCGAUGACUUUUCCUAAGCCCUGUUUUUUUACAGCCUGCCAUCCUCUCAAGCUGUACUAUCAGCUUGGGAGCUGGUGAACAGCACCUUCCUUGCCGUCGCAGGCACCUGGAUCAUCUGGAUGCUGCGUUCUGGUUUUGCACCUCUGGAGAGAAUGUGGCGGGACAAAAUUAGAGCUGUUUUGAGUAAUACGCUUUUGCAGUGCUGAGCCUUUAACUCCUCUGUUUUUUGAUGUUUCCAAGUAUUGAAAAGGGUGAGUGAAUGUCAGAUUCUUGUGGCGGUCCAUGCUUGACGAGUAAAUAAGACAUAUGUUUGAACAAGCUUUGUGUAUCAACACUGAAGCCAUUUCCCAGAACUAGAUUGCAUUUAUAGUUUUCAAUGCCAUUCUUUAUGUUGUCGUGAUUUGUACCGUAUAAACUUACUUCAAUACUUGGAUUCUGCUUAAAUAAAUGCCACUAGAAAGUA